GCCGGAAGUGUAAGAAAUUUCGUUUUUAGGUGCGCUGAUCAAGAGCGAACCUGGACCAUACUCCAAAGUCAGUCGGGGAGCACGGGGAAAUCGUAUGAUAUAGCAAUGGGUCCCUUGUGUCCCAGACUCCCACUUUGUGUCCCCGAGUUUUCUCUAACUCCGUUGGAACAACUAAGUAUUGGCGGCCUUCGAGGCCGUUGAGUCUACCGUAGAGUGUUUACGUCAAUCGGUUGCAAGAAGCCACCGAUCCCCUCUAUAGCCCACGGCUGCCUGUACUGGAAUUGAGCAUCCCUGCAGACUCCAACACAGCCUUGCUUUGACAACUUUCUCCGCUCAUAAUCUUUUAAGAUGACAUAACAUGCAUCCCUCUUGCCCAAAACUGCUCGUUUUCUCCCUCUCAAUGGAAACCAAGUAUUCGGCUGACGAUGUCGCAGCGACGAUGAGUCUGCAGAUCUCCUCGUACAUAUAUACAUCGAUGGCUACAUUCUGGACCUAUGGCUACGUUUGUUCUCUUCACGAGGAGUGGACGUUCUUGCUUCUAUCGCGCUGGACCAAGGUAAAAUUCCUCUAUGUUGUUGCACGAUAUGUGCCGUUUUUCCUGUUCACCAGCCAUCUCUACAUGAACUUCACCCCGGACGAGAAUCCCAAUAAAUGCCUGAUACUCGACCACAUUUGCUCAUGUUUUAGCCUAUUAUCAGUCCUUUGUUCCGAAUCAUUUUUUGUCCUCAGAACAUAUGCGCUUUGGAACAAUAAUAGAAUCGUGCUCGCAGCCUUGCUGACUGCCUUCCUGGCUGCCGGCGUAACAUCCGUCGGUCUGUUCUUUGGCUUAAGUGGAACCGUACCAUUUCAGACCAGCCCGAUCCCGGGCAUUUCAGGCUGCUACCAGCCCUCAGACAGCAUCGGGUUUUUCGUACCAUAUAUUCUCCUAUCCGCGCUUGAACUAGGACUCAUCUCCCUCACGCUCGUACGCGCCCUGCAGACCUGGCAGACAGCUAACACCCAUUUAUUUACUGUCCUGCUCAAACAUAAUAUAUUUUAUUAUGCAUGCGGUUUGUUUUGUUCGGUUGUAAAUGUCCUUGCAUCACUGCUUCUCCAUCACGCAUACAAGGCCAUGUUCCAAGAUUUCCAAUUCAUCAUCCUCGCGAUCCUCGCCACACAUAUGCAUCUCUAUCUUUGGCAUAUGGACCGGCACCUACAUGGCUCUGAUGCCCUCACUCUCAUUCCUUUGUCCGAAAUUUCAUAUGGUGUCGUGGGGAGUUCUAGCGCAGGUUCUGCAGAGAGUAGCGCGGUGACUGGAUCUGGUUCGUAGUGAGGUUCCGUGUCUCAGUAGUUGGUUAUCCUUCUAGUCAUCCAUCCAUCCAUCCAUCCAUCCAGUGGUUUCAAGUAUGUUCGCGCAUGUAUUACAUAUCACAGGGCACCGUCCCAGCCCGCUCAACUUCUUGCUACCUGUCCUU